AUGAACUUUAUUGUGGGACCCAAAGAGGAUAGGCAUCUCAUGACUGGUCUCCACACAGUUGCUGAUGUCCAGUGCGGUGACUGCCGUGAGGUGCUGGGUUGGAAGUAUGAACGAGCUUAUGAAGAAACACAGAAAUACAAGGAAGGAAAGUUCAUUCUUGAGAAGUCAAAAAUUGUCAAGGAAAACUGGGUGAACAAAAUAGGUGGAGAAGCUGGGAGUGCGUCCAAAUCCUCGGCCUCCCUCUCCCCCACUGUUUUGUCUCUCACAAGACAAAAAUGUCAGACUAUUUCCCCGGGGAAGUGCUUAAAAUCCUCCCCAAGCUCCCCCCGAAAUCACUCCUCCGAUUCAGGUGCGUGUCUAAAUCGUGGAGCUCCCUUAUCUCAUCCUCCGAUUUCAUUACAACCCACCUCACUCACUCCGCCACCGCAUCCCCCAACCUCCUCAUCAAGCAUUUCUCUCUCACUUCCAACCAAGAAAACUACUCUCUCUAGUCGGACUCCUCCACAACCCUCGAGAACCCUCUCAAUCUCAAAUGCCCAUUCAAACCCAGACCCAAAACCUUCUUCAGGCUGGUCUCAACCUGCCACGGCUUGCUCUCAUAAACCGGGUUCAUGGGAACCCAGUGCUGGUAUGGAGUCUCUGAUGUAUGGAACUGAAAAGGGUUACCUCGUUCCUCCUGAGGUCAAGGUAUUUUCUCUCAGUACCGGUUCUUGGAAACCCAUAAGCUCUAAUGUUCCACCCUAUAAUAUGUUGGAUUAUUGUUGGUCUUCUGUUUUCGUGAAUGGGGGGAUUCAUUGGCUGGGGUAUUCUCAUAGAAAGGACCGGGACCAGAGUUAUUGCAAUUUGAUAAUGGGGUUUAAUGUGGGUGAUGAGAUUUUUAAGGAUAUGAAUUUGCCCAAGUUGUUGGUCGAUGCGAACCCUUUCAAUUUAUCGAUUUCGGUUUGUGGCGAAAUGAUAACAGUGUUUCAAUAUGACAAUAGGCUGAAGAGUAAAAGAUGUUCUGUGUGGAUUAUGAAGGAGUAUGGUGUGGUGGAGUCUUGGAGCAAGCAAUUCACUAUUGAGAUUCCAAGUCUAGGUAGAGGGGUGUCUCUUGGAUUUAGGACGAAUGGUGAGCUGUUGAUGGCUAUNAUUUGUUAG